UUCACUCGCAGAAAGUUAGUUUGCUUUAGUUCAGUGGUGGAUUCCUCAUGGAAAUGAAGCAGUUACUAAAAGUUGCUCCUCUUCUCGCUGUGGCAUUGAUUGCACUUCCAACUUGUCGGAGUGAUGAGAGAAUAGGCAACGCUAUUUUGAAAUCUUUGGAUUAUUCAAAUUACGCAUCCCAAUGCCAAAAGCUUAUAAUCAAACUGGUCGAAAAAAGUAAAGUUCAAAGUUGCCUCACAAUUAUAACCGAUGGAUUCCAUGAGGAAAUUUGGGGAACGCCAUUCUUUAAAAAACAGCCCCAUCUGGUUAGUCACUUCAUUAUCCGUAUUCACGACUCCGAAGACAUGUUGAAUCCCGACUAUAAGACAGUUCGAGUAUUAAAGGAGGUCAGGAGAAAGAAUUGUGAACUUAUCUUCAUCUUCAUUUUAAACGGUAUUCAAGCCAAACGCUUCCUAAUAUUCAUGGAUGAGCACCGGGUCCUGAAUACACGAUCGAAAUUUAUUUUACUAUACGAUCAUCGGAUCUUCACGAAGGACGUGAAUUAUAUUUGGCGAAGGAUUUUGUCAGUAAUAUUUGUUAGAACUAUAGACAGUCAAAAUGAUUUGAAGGAGCAAAAUAUGAUUGGAUUUGAACUGAUAACAGUGCCUUUUCCGAAUAUCUUCAAGGGGACGUUUGUUGGAAAAAGUUUAGGUAUUUGGUUCAAUGGAAGGCUGGUUAAGAAAGACAAAUUGUUCUUUGACAAGACAAGUAACCUUCAAGGCCAUGAACUCAAAGUCGUUGCUUUUGAGCAUAUUCCAAUGGUACUCAAGAAAACUAGUGCCUUUAACGAAUAUGCAGGGGUUGAGGUGGAAAUAGUAAAAGCUAUUUCUCAGGUGAUGAAUUUCACGGCAUUAUAUUACCAGAGCCAUGAUACAACUGAUGAAAAAUGGGGUAGAAAAUUAUUGAAUGGAAGCUACACUGGCCUUCUUGGAGAAAUGGUUAGACGGCAGGCCGACAUUGCCGUUGCUGAUUUGCACCUAAACCAAUAUCACUUGGAUCUAAUGGACUUGAGCAUUCCACAUUCGAGUGAAUGCUUAACCUUCCUAACACCUGAGUCAACUACAGAUAAUUCGUGGAAAACCUUCAUCUUGCCACUAAGUGUUAAUAUGUGGACGGGGGUAUUGGUUUCAUUAUUUUUUGCUGGCGCAGUGUUCUACGCGAUUUCUUGUAUUCAUCGCUCUAUAAUUUACGGGAAACCCAUAAUGAAUCCCUUAGCAGUCUUCAGGAUAGGCCGGAAAUUCCACUGUGAAAAUACUGAAAGACCUUCAGAAAGGAAUGUUGAGCAACAAAGACAUAAUUACAGGAGUGACAUAUUUGAUACUUUCUCAAACUGCCUGCUACUGACUUAUAGUAUGCAAUUACAAGUAGCGCUACCAAGGAUGCCGCAUGAUUGGCCUUUACGCUUAGUAACUGGAUGGUAUUGGACCUAUUGCAUUCAGGUUGUCGUAAUUUACAGAGCCAGUUUGACUGCUAUUUUAGCCAAUCCAUCACCAAGGAUAACAAUUGAUACGCUUGAUGAAUUGGCAGACAGCUCUCUAAUUAUUGGUGCGUGGGGUGCCCAAAACAAAGAUUUUUUCAACGCAGCUUUUGACGAGACCGCCCAGAAGAUUGCAGAUAAGCUUGAGCAAAUUGAUGAUCCAGAUAAAUCCGUGCAACGAAUCGCUAAUGGGAAGUAUGCAUAUUACGAUAACGAGUACUUUUUAAGAAAUCUUCGGUUGGAACGUACACUUGAAAUCAAGAAAGAUGACGGAGAAGUCUUGCAUAUAAUGAAAGAAUGUGUCUUAAAUGUCCCAGUAUCUAUUGGACUUGAGAAGAAUUCACCGCUCAAGCCAAAUAUUGAUAAAUAUCUUAGACGAUUGAUCGAAGCAGGUCUCACGGAUAAAUGGUUGAAAGAUUCAACGAAACAUCUAUUAGCCGAGGAACAACCGCCUGCCGAAGCUCUCAUGGAUCUGAAGAAAUUCUGGAGUUCUUUAGUUGUUUUACUGUUUGGUUAUUUGAUGGCACUAAUCGUUCUUAUCGGUGAAUGUUUGCAUUUCAAGUUGAUUGUUAAGACGCACCCUAUGUACGAUCGUUAUAAUCCAAGGGCGUACUAUCAGUUCAUGGAGCAUCGACAUUGAUAUUUUGCGUUAAUUUUUAAUAAAUUGAGCUUGUAGCUGACUAGAAGUUUUAGAUCGGGCGUUUUUCUUGUGGAGAAAUAUCAUAUUUCCGAGAUAACAAGAAAAAAUUUGCAAAAUGGAG